AUGGACUCCAGGAACGCAACUGCGACUGAUGUCGCGGCAACCUGGCACUACGCCUCCCUCGCAUUUUGGUACUCUGUCUACGCUGCCUCGGCGAUUGUGGGCUUCUCCAUCCUGAAGCUCAUCUACAACAUCUCCCCCUUCCAUCCACUGUCCAAGUAUCCCGGCCCGCUUCUCUGGCGGGCAACUCGUCUGACAGCCUCGUGGCACCAAGCCCGCGGCGACCUGUACAAGUGCAUUGACGCCAUCCACAGCAAAUAUGGCCCGACCGUGCGUAUCGCUCCGGACGAGCUGUCCUUCACCAACCCAGAGGCGUGGUCGCAGAUCUACAACACGCGGCCACAGCUGCAGAAGACCGAGUUCCACUUCGGCCGGGCCGACGAGCGCAAACUGCCCGAGAGCCUCAUUAUGGCCAACGACGCUGAACACGCGCGGCUGAGACGCCUCGCUAACCCGGCGUUCCUUACCGCUGGGAUCCUGGAGGUCGAGCCCGUGAUGCAGUAUUACGCGGAUUUGCUGUGCAAUCAGCUGCUCCACGAAGUGUCCCACGCAAGAUCACAGCCACAGGACAUGGUGCAGUGGUUCCUCUGGACGCUCAACGAUGUGAUUGGCAAACUGGCGCUCGAUCAGGAGUUCGACUGCCUCAAGCUGCGGCGCAUGCACCCGUGGCCGAAGUUCCUUCUGCGUGGGCUCAAGAACAUUGCCAUCUUCAACCAGUUCCGGCGGUUCGGCAUUACCGAGAAAAUGCUGGUACCGCUGAUGUCGAAAAAGCAGCUUGAAGCGCGGGACAACUUUUUCAACGAGGCCGUCAGCGCGGUGGACCGGCGACUUGCGCGUGAGAAGUCAGAGAAGGCGGGCGACGGGGAAAAGAAAACCCCAGAUAUCGUGGGCCUCAUGUUGCGCGAGAUGAAGGAUGGCAACCGCCUGACCGAGAAGGAAGUCACCGCGAAUUCGAUCCUCAUUGUCGGCGGAGGAGCCGAGACGACGAGUUCAUGUUUGAGCGGAACCUUCUACCAUCUCCUCAAGACGCCGAGGGUGCUGAAGAAGCUGCAGCAGGAGAUUCGAUCGGGCUUUGCAUGCCCUAAGGAGAUCACUAUCAGAGCGACGUCAAAUCUGCCUUACUUGAAGGCGACUGUCGAGGAGUCGCUCAGAAUCUUCCCUAUCGCCAGUUAUAUCACGCCUCGAACUACGCCAAAGGGAGGGCAUAUGAUUACAGGAGAUCACGUUCCGGGCGGCACUUAUGUGUCCAUGGGACAGUGGCACAUGGGACGAUCAGGUCAACUUUUUGAUAACCCUAAGGAGUUCAGACCAGAGAGAUGGCUUGAUGAACUGGACGUAAAAGGACCGGCAAAUCUGCGGCCUGAUGAGAUACUCAAGCCAUUCAGCCUGGGCCCUAGGAACUGCAUUGGCAAACAGCGAGUUCGACCUGCUCUCAUACAGUGUGGAUUUGCUGACGAAUUGUCUAGGCUGGCGCUCACGGAGGCACGGCUGGUCAUUGCAAAACUGCUGUGGCAUUUCGACAUGGAGCUCGAUGGAGACCAUUCGACGUGGGUGGAAGACGCUCGGUUCUAUGUUCUUUGGGAGCUGCAGCCGCUCAACGUCAAGCUGACGCCGGUCAGACGAUAG